AUGGGAGCCGUCCACAUGCGGCUGGUAGGAUUAUCUUCGAUAGCGGCAUCAUAUUCAUGGUCACCCACACUCGCACGUCGCUUUGUCGCAGCAUCGCGCCCUGCUGCUCCUGCAGCGAAGUUUGGUAGCCGUGCACGGCGUCCAGGCUCUACUUCACGUGUGGGUGGCAAAGCGGAGCAGCCCCAAAAAGUCGCGACACAUUCAUCCAAAGCAGCUGCGUCGGGACCAACAAUGCGUCGAAGUCGCUUUUAUCGUGUCGUCCAGGAGCGAGGUGCGGGUUUCGCCAUGUACCUCUACGUCUUUGGUGAGUCCGUGACCCUCGCGGUGCUCUACGCACUUCACAGUGACCUCUUCUCCACAGGUGAUGUGGUUACCUGGCUACGCUUUAUUUCCCUCGAUUCACUCGUGAAUUUGGAGCGAUGGUUAGAGGUGGGACCCAUCGUCGCCGGGCUGCGUCUCUCCCCACGCUUGCUGCUGAACUACCUCGUCGCUAAUGCGUUGACCUACCCGUUGUAUGCAACCCAGCUAGCUUUCUGUGCGGCAACCUUCCCACUGCUGCGUGGCGUUCUUUCGCCUGUGAGUUACCUCCUGCAUGCACGCCGUGCGAGCGGCAGGCGAGGCCGCGCUGUGCCCAAGGCACCCUCAGUAGGAACAAAAGCUGAAGGGCGUUUGACACGAUGA